AUGGACAAGUCCGCUGUGCCGCCGCACUUCGCCGAGGACGCGCACGCGUGGCACUCGGCCAUCCUGGAGUCGGUGGCGGACGCGUCGCCGCGCGGCCGAGGACGCCCGGAGCACCUGUACUCCUACGCCAACGCGCUCAACGGCUUCGCCGCCACGCUCUCCGCUGCCGAGCUACGCGCGCUCCGCCAUACGCCGGGGUUCGUCUCGGCGUACCCUGACCGCCGCGCGGACGUCGCCCAUGACACGACGCACUCCCAGAGGUUCCUCGGCCUCCGCCCCGACGCCGGGCUGUGGCCGGCGGCGAAUCUAGGCGAGGGCAUCAUCAUCGGCGUGGUCGACACCGGCGUUUGGCCGGAGAGCAGCAGCUUCCACGACGACGGGAUGCCGCCCGUGCCCUCCCGGUGGCGCGGGGCGUGCGUGCCGGGCGUCUCCUUCCCCGCCACCACGUGCAACCGGAAGCUCAUCGGAGCUCGCUACUUCAACCGGGGCUACGUCGCGAUGAACCCCAACGACACCAUCUCCAUGAACUCGACGCCCGACGACGACGGCCACGGCACGCACACGGCGUCCACGGCCGCGGGCAGCCCUGUGCCGUGCGCCUCCUUCUUCGGGUACGGGCGUGGCACGGCGCGUGGAACAGCUCCACGUGCCCAUAUCGCGGCUUACAAGGUCAGCUGGCCCAACGGCUUCGUGACGGCCGACGUCCUGGCCGCCAUGGACGCGGCGAUCGCGGACGGCGUCGAUGUCGUCUCCAUCUCCCUGGGGUUCAACAACGAGCCGCUCUACACGGAUCCAGUUGCAAUUGCCUCGUUCGCUGCCAUGGAGCGCGGCAUCGUCGUGUCAGCGUCAGCGGGGAACGAUGGCGUCCAUGGGUUGGCCACCUUUCACAAUGGGAUCCCAUGGGUCCUCACGGUGGCGGCCGGCACGGUGGACCGGCAAAUGUUCGCCGGCACCGUGACCUACGGAGACACGAAGCAAGGCAUCACCACAAUCGCUGGGGUCACGUGGUAUCCAGCAAAUGCUUGGGUUUCUGAAGCGAAGCUGGUCUACAACGAUACGCUGUCCGCGUGCACCUCAUCAGCUCUGCUUCAAAGUCUGGCGACAAAGAACAGCAUUAUCGUCUGCCGCGACACUGGGCUUGGUGCGAUGGGCCAUCAGAUGAAGAUUGCCGCCGCGGCCGGUCUCACGGCCGCUAUCUUCGUCCCGCAGACCGAGACGGACGAACCCCUGACGGGUGAGUAUCCGCUGCCGGUUAUCGCGAUUAGCCCAGAGGAUGCGCCGGCGCUGCUCAAGUAUAUCACCUCCAGCUCGCAGCCGACGGCUACGAUCAACUUCCAGCAGACCGUCCUCAGCAGAGCACCGGCGCCGGUGGUCGCCUUUUACUCCUCCCGAGGGCCGUCGCCGAGUUUUGCGGGCGUCCUCAAGCCGGACAUAUUGGCGCCGGGUGACAGUAUACUAGCGUCGUGGCCACCCGUCGCUCCGUUGGCGUACGUAGGGAGGACGGCUUUGGUCGGCGACUUCCAAGUCGCGUCCGGGACUUCAAUGGCGUGCCCGCACGCCAGCGGCGUGGCGGCGCUGCUCCGGGCGGCGCACCCGGAUUGGAGCCCGGCCAUGAUCAAGUCUGCAAUGGUGACCACGGCGAGCGCGGUCAACAAUCUGCUUCGUCCCAUCACCGACGCCGGCAACGGCAACGGCAUGGCAAGCCCGCUGGCCAUGGGCUCGGGGCAUGUCAACCCCAACUCUGCUCUGGACCCGGGUCUCGUCUUUGACGCCGGGCCGUGGGACUUCGUCGCGCUCCUCUGCGCCGCGAACUACACCGUCACCCAGAUCGCGGCGGUCACGCGGUCGUCCACGGCGUACAGUUGCUCCUCUUCGUCCAGCAACGACGUGAACUACCCGUCGUUCAUCGCCACAUUCGGCGCCAACGCGACCUCCGGGAGGAUGCGCUUCAGCAGGACGGCGACCAACGUCGGGGCGGGCGCGGCCACGUACCAGGCGUCGUGGUCGGCGCCGAGCAACGUGGCCGUGGCCGUGACGCCGUUGACGCUGGAGUUCGGCGGUGCGGGCGAGAAGGCGACGUUCGAGGUGGAAAUUGUGCUGACCGCGCCCACCGGAGGAGAGCCGGCGCACGGUGCCGUGCUCUGGACGGAGCUGAUCGGCAGUCACCAGGUCAGGCUUCCGUACGUGGUGGUGUGA